AUGCGAAAGUGUCUCGGUGAAUCUUAUAUAAAUUACGCUGGGUACGAAAUUCAUGAAAAAUUACCAGCGACAAUAUGCACGUAUGCACACUAAUUUUCAUUACUAAAUAAUAUAAUUGUGUUCAAAUAAAACUGACGGUCCCAUAGAUGUAAAAAACAAUGUCUAUCUGUGUUCGAUGAUGACGGAAAAAAUAGCAUGCUUGAAAUGUUCAAUCAAAUGAAGGACAAGGACCAGCAAGGUAUUUACAUAGAACGUUUAAUGGAACUGCACCCUGUACAGAGAAAACGAAGCAGGUUAGAAAUAAGUGCUGAACAAGCCGAGCCUAAAUCGGUUUCAAUAAAAUAUUUCGUUACGUGUCAAACAAAAAAAAAACCAUAAUUGACUACAGAAAAUGGUGGCCAACAUAUUACAAAAAACAUGUUUGAGUAAUGCCUCAUACGGGAAAAAUGUACCGAGAGCUAACAAAUCAUCAUUUGCUUUAUCAUCAUAUCAUCAACUCACUGUUUCAUACUCCGAUAAAAACGAAAUUAAAUGUCGAGAAUUUAUAAAUGCGUUGGUUGAACAUACGUUUCGUCUACAAAAUUCUACAACGGGAUUCUUAUUUUCAAUCGACAAAGCACACAACGGAAAAUUGCCAAUCAACGAAAAAAAGUUGGAAGAUAUCAAAAACACAUUGAAAUUUAUCCCGGAUUAG